AUGGCAGUUCCUGACAAAAGCUGCAGCAACGAAAGGAAGAGAACCCAGGUUAAAACCACCAAGGAGGAUACAACUCUACUGGGUGCAGAACAUAUUGUUUAUGGCAGAUUUAACCGCAAAGGUAAUUUGUAUGUGGAACUAUUCAAAAAUAGCCCAUUCCUUGCGUGUACAGACUUAGAAACUGCUAAUGAAGAGUUAAUAGACCCCGUGUUUGUCUGGCUCGGACCAAAUGACAGACUAAGGGGGCACAUCAGCGCUAACCUCACCGAAACAGGAAAGCUCAUGAUGAAGGCUUUUCGCAAAUCCAUGUCUGGGUCCCACAACUGCAUGGUGAGAUACCUGAGCAUCAAGAAUGGCAAUACAGUUAAAUCCUUCUCCUUUACUUUUGGAACAGGUUCCUCCUCCACUCCAAAAAUAUACAGGCAGGUCAGAGACCAAAUUGUGGAUUUUUUCCUGCAUUUCUCACAAGUACAGAGGAAACAAUUUCUGGGUAUAAAUUAUGUUGAACACAGUCUGGACAUCAGGCGCCUUGACAGCUGCCGCCCCGGCUUUGGGAGGAAUCAGGAGAAGCAAAAUGACUGUUGCGUUAUUUGUCAACCGGGCACAUUCAGCCAAAACAACAGAUUGUACUGUGAGAUCUGCGAGGACAUCCAAAUUGAUAACUAUGGAGCAAACCAUUUCAUAAUGCACCCCCCCCGUGUUCCUGGCACAUCCCCUGCUCCGGCGGUUACCCAGGAACCACUGGAGCUUUUGGAAAAGUAA